AAAACUAGUUACGUUCUUAGUCCCGCCGUAGACGUCGUGCAAGCUGCACGAUUGUGAGACGUUUGAUCGAUCGAUCGUAUCGAUCGUGUGUGGACACGAUCGUGCCCGUGUUCGGUGAUUGCAGUAUGAAGCUCCUUUGUUUGUUGAUCAUUCUUAUCGUGUGCGUGAAGAUCAGUCAUCAAAAAACGUCCCCAUGUCCGGCGGUGUUUUCGUACGAUGAGCGGGACGACACCCAUGACACCUGGUUCGGUACGAUACGCCUAAAAAGCAACGUACCGCUGUACGGUAUCUUUGUGGACAUUAUCUUUUCCUCCCCGGUGCUGGCAUUUGGGACAUUCCUGCGGCAGCACAACACGGACGAUAAUGUGCACUUCCACAUCAUGGACAAAUCGUACCGCGUGCGGGCGGGUGAGGUCGUGAUCGUUAAGUUCUACGUGCGGUACGCACCGGACAGACCGGUUCCGUUGCUGCGUCAGGUCCGGUUCAAUGGACAAAACAUUUGUACCGAAACGCGUCAAAAUCCGGUGCGUACGAAUGUACGCCCCGCCGGAACGAGCUAUGGCAAUGCGCACGUAGCAACAUCCUCUGAAACCGAUGACAUCAUUGCCGAUGUCUACACACCACCCGUAGUACAACCGAUCAAUUCCCACGUAGCGCAUGCUCCCGUAGAAUCCCAGGUACAGCCAUUGUACUCCUCCAGUGCGUCGAGCUCGUCUCGCGGUGGUGCGGUGACACCCCGAGCUACCGAUGCCCACCACAAUCCCGCACACACUGGCGAUGUGUAUCCAUCACGAUUCAGCACCGAUGACCAGGUGGAACACUCGUCUAGCACGUCCGGAAGUGGGGACGGGAAGGAUCACGACUCGGAUCGUCAGCGCAUAGCGAACAGGAGGAUCACUACAACGACCACUACCUACCGACCAAUAGCCGAGGAGCGUAUAUGGAACCAACCGUCGCAAAGAUCUAUUCCAUCCGAGCCUACAAGCCAACCGAAACGUCUUUCGACCGUUCCACUGAUCGCCGACAAAGGCUUCACCACACUAGCGCCCAUCGCUCGCAGUACUACCGCGGGUGGCACUAGCCGGGACCAGUACUUUGCCGGUGAUUACGCCUUCCUGCAGCACGAAAGUACACCCAAAGCCGGCCAAACGCACUACAUCAACAAGUACGAGGGAGACAUCUGCGGUACGGUUGUGCCGAAAGCAAAUCCUCUCGUAACGCACGGCACGGUGUCGGAGCGUGGCCAAUUCCCCUGGCACGGUGCACUGUACCGCAGUACGGUGACCGAGCUGAAGUAUCUCUGCGGAGCAACGCUGAUAUCGCGCCGGGCUAGCAUCACGGCGGCGCACUGUGUGACGCUGGAGAAAAGCUCCAAACCGGUCGAUGCGGGCAGUUUGCUGCUGUACUUCGGCAAGAUCGAUCUGAGCAAGUGGAACGGGCCGGAAGAGGACGCCCAGAUCCGAUCGAUCCACAUACCGGCCCAGUAUCAGCACGAACGGUUCUUCAACGACAUUGCCGUGCUGGUGCUGAAGGAGGACAUCAAGUACAGCAACUUUGUGCGGCCCGUUUGUUUGUGGAACUUUGACGACGACUACAAGACGCUGAUCAACAAGAUCGGGUUCGUGCCGGGAUGGGGCUAUAAUGAGCAUGGGCUGGUCAGUUCGCGGCUCUCCUUCGCCCAGAUGCCGGUGGUGGCGCACGAAACGUGCAUCUGGUCGAACCGGGACUUCUUCAGCAAGGUCACCUCGGACACGUCGUUCUGUGCCGGGUUCAAGAAUGGCACUUCCGUGUGCAACGGUGACAGUGGCGGCGGCAUGGUGUUCAAGCACAACAACCUGUGGUACCUGCGGGGCAUAGUGUCGGUCAGUGCGGCGCUCCAGGAUCGGUUCCACUGCGACUCGAAGCACUACGUCGUGUUUACGGAUGCGGCCAAGUUUACGUCCUGGAUCAAGGGACUCAUGUAUUCCUCGACUGCGCGUUCGCUUGACCAUUGCGACCGAUACGUCAUCAGUACGUUGAAAUGCUUGGCGCCAUUAUCAAUCCAAAGGGUCGGGAUUAUCGGUGCAGCAGGCGUGUUUGUGGUCGCCCUGCUCCGAAGCGCCGCCGUGCGAGCUCAACUCAUUCGGUUCGUGAUCUUCGAUCAGACAGGAGCUAGGAGCACACAGAAGAAACAAAUAAAACUGAUCAGUCAGUCAAAGAUGUUGCGCGAGACAUCACUGCUGUCGCUGAUCCUCGUGUGGACAGCCGCUGGCGCUCUCGCCACCUACAUACGCGUGGGGCAAAGUGCAGAAGUGCGCCUGCCAACGCCACAAGCGACCAGCUGCAGUGAUCUGUUUACGAUCGAUCACGAAGAUGCGUACCGGAAGCAGUACGAGGGUACGCUGGUGCUGCGGCCCAACGUUACGAUCCGCUACGUCCAGAUGGUGGUGCAGUUUGAUCGUCAAGUGGAGCAACUCACGAAUUACUUUGGAAGAAUCAGCACCAUCGACCAUCAGAGCUUUCACAUCGCCAAUCUCACGUACCCGUUGCGCGCUGGUACAGUGGUCAAGAUCCCGCUAGAGGUGUCCUACACCACCGGUUCCCCUCCGGCGGUCAGCCGAAUCGAAGUCAACGGCGUUACCAUCUGUCCAGUGGGCAAUUUAAGACCUUUGAUCAGGAAUUUCCGUGAUCCAUGGACGGGAUCGGUAGUGCCGGGCGCGAGUACCACGACCCAGCCGGAAGUACACUCGAAAAAUGGAACCGCAGAACCGGCCCAUCAGUUCAACUCCUCCUGCCAGGCGAUUCGUACCGGGGUGAUCGUGUCGUCGGGCCGCUGGGACGCGGUUAUGAAUCUCGUGGCCGAAAACACGAUCGAUCGGGCGUUGAUAGAGAUCGUGUUCGAUCAGCCAGUGUACAUGUUGGGGGUAGGGAACGCUUUCGGCGAGGUGACGACGGAAGACAGCGUGCGGUUUAGGAUCGAAAACCGAACCUUCAUACUGGCGAAGGAUGCGGAAAUAGAGCUCAACUUCUUCAUCCGCUACAACCAGAUGGGACCGAUCCCGGACGUGGUGGAGGUGAAUUUCAACGGUCACAAUCACUGCCAACAACGAAGACGCCGUGUGUUGAAUGAACCUGCCAGGGAGGAAGAACACCGGAGAACCACAGGCAGGACUACCUCCACUACGGAGCGUGCUACGGCGUGGGUAAAGUUGGAGCACACAACGGAAAGGACGCAUGAAAAUACCGGAUGGUCAUUGGAGCAGGAUGAGUGUGCGACAGUGCUGGAACCGGUCGGGCCCCGUAUCCGAUCGCGAAUCAUUGGUGGAGUUACGUCCAACCAGGGCGAACAUCCGUGGCAUGUAGCUAUCUAUCUGGAUGAGGAGUAUCAAUGCGGUGGCAGUAUCAUCGGACGACGCUGGAUCUUAACGGCGGCCCACUGUCUGACGCGCCAAAACACGAACGAAACGCUGGACGUGGAACUGUUCCGGGUGUACACGGGCAUCAUAGAUAUCAGUACGAUCGAUGAUCACUUUUACCGUACCGCCGAUGAGGUCAUAGUUCAUCGGGACUACAAUCCUGUGAUGUACACGACGGAUAUAGGGCUGCUACGGCUCAAGCGUAACAUCACCUACAACAGCUUUAUAAAGCCCGUCUGUCUCUACAAUCGAACGGUGGACAUUAGCACGUUCUAUGGCCGCGAGGGAAAGGUUACCGGCUGGGGAUUCAAUCGGGACGGCGUAAUCAGCAACGUACUGAACUAUCUAGAGGUGCCGGUCGUGUCGCAAAAGAUGUGCUCCCAGCGGAAUGUACAGUUCAAUGGAGUGCUGGCGGUAGGCGAGUCUUUCUGUGCCGGACAUGCCGAUGGCAACUCCGUGUGCAAUGGGGACAGUGGUGGUGGAUUAGUGUUUGCCGAAGGCCCACGGUACUACGUCCGCGGAAUCGUGUCGAUCAGUGCCCAGCGUCGGAACUUGCUGCUCUGCGAUCCGAACCAGUACUCCGUCUUUACCGAUGUUUCCAAAUUCCUCAACUGGAUACGGCAGCAAGUAUCGUAGACAGGUGAGCGGGCGCGUUACUCUUUUAUGGAGAGAAAAUAUUUAUUUCAAUCGACACAGCAAAAAUAGAACAGAACAACGAUUAAUAAAAAUGCUUCUGCGCGGACAAAGCGGACACCGCG